CUUGCCACCAUGACCUCGACAGACGCACCUACCUUGCAAGUAAAUCGUUUAAACAGCCAUGUACACUAUUGCUCAAGAAGCAGAGAUAAACCGAAUUCUCUCCUCUUCUGCCCCUCAAACCAUUCUUCAAGUCCAGCGCAGCUCUACAAAGCAAACCUUGAAACAAACAUACCGAAUCAAAGCUUUACUGGUUCAUCCGGACAAAUGCGAUCAUCCACGGGCUGAGGAAGCGUUUGUGAGGUUGCGGACAGCUUUUGAGACUAUCUCGGCGGGGAAUGGACCUUGGAGGUCGGGAGAUGAGGAGAAAACAUCAGGAAUGGGCACGCAGAGGGAACGAGAACGUCAGGAUUCAUUCGAGGGACAACAAACUCGUAGUUCAUCUCAUCUUUACUCACGACCACACCUCUUUCAAACCUCCAUUCGCCUCAAGGAAGCGUACCUCUCUGCACAACAAGCCCGCAACAACCUUGAAAAUGCUUUUGAAACCGCCACUGAAAGAUCCUAUGCAAGGGCCCAGUCUCGCUCCCAUCAAAGUGACCGUACAGCUUACCGUUCCGCAUCCGCCAAACUACACAAAGAUUUACAUUCCACCAAAAAGUCGUUAGACGACACUUUGGAUCAAUUUAUACUCGAGGCUGGACAUUUGGCAGAUCAGUCGGCGUCGAUGCCUGGAUUUGCAUCCCUGAGGUCACGCUCAGACGAAGAGAUGGCUUUUUGGAGGGAAAUGGACAAGAGCUCAUUGGACGAACUUCGUGCUUUCAGGGAACAGGUUGGGGAAAAUCGUGCGGAGAGGGAUACCAUGUCAGAAGUGCGGAAUCGAGAAAGGGAGGUGGCGGAUGAAAGGUUGAGAUGGAGAAGGGAAGCAGGUCUUGCGGGAGAGAAGGAGGAAAGGCGGAGGCGAGAGAAACGGAAAAAGAGAAAGGAGAAGGAACAAAUUGAAAAGCAACAGAAAGAGGAGGCUAAAAGGGCGGAAAGCGUAGAAGGCAUUACUCGCGACCUCUCAUCGUCCUCCAUUUAAACAACACUCUCUUGGGCUUGUUAUCUCUUUUUCCAAUGUAUCGCAUCGGUUAACAAGAUUCUGUUCAUCAUCUCACCAAAAAUAACACAACAUGCCCCAUAUCAAAAAUCACGACAAACAACUACUAGCCGACAUGAUGACGAGAAAAAAAAGUUCUUUCUCCCACUUCGC